AUGUCCUUCCUCUCCUAUCUCGCCUCGGGCAUCAGUUCCUUCGUCGUCCUGACACUCUCCCUCUUCGCGCUCGGUCAAAAAGUUCCUCGCGCAGCCUUCGCUGCUCGGUGUCUCGCGUCGUACGCCUCUCUUCUCCUGUGUGCCACGUAUGGCGUGAUCGCGUCGAUCGUCCUGCGCCUGGUGGGCUACGGACGGGUUUCACAAUGGGCCGCCGCGCGCAGCUUCAAGUGGGUUAUGCGGAUUACCACUGGCGUGCAGUGCGAGAUUGUGGAGGGCAAGGAGCAUCUGACCACCCGUCCGGCCGUGUUCAUCGGAAACCACCAGUCGGAGUUGGACGUGCUGGUGCUGGGAUACAUCUUCCCGCCCUACUGCAGUGUCACGGCCAAGAAGUCUCUCCGCAAUAUCCCUUUCCUCGGCUGGUUCAUGUCUCUCUCGCGGACGGUCUUCAUCGAUCGCGCCAAUCGCGAGACCGCUGUCAAGGCCUUCGACUCUGCUGCGGAAGAGAUGCGCACCCAGCGCCAGAGCGUCUUUAUCUUUGCCGAGGGUACGAGGAGCUACUCCGAUCAGCCGGAGCUGCUGCCGUUCAAGAAGGGUGCUUUCCAUCUCGCCGUCAAGGCCGGUGUGCCUGUUGUUCCGGUGGUUACGGAGAACUACUCCCACGUGUUGUCCCCUCGCAAUAUGAGAUUCGAAGCCGGCACGAUCAAGAUCAAGGUCCUUCCUCCCAUCCCCACCGAGGGCUUGACCGCCGCCGACGUGGAUAAACUCACCACGUCGACGCGGGAAUCGAUGCUCAAGACUUUGCUGGAGAUGUCCAACGGCAACGCAGCCGAGGCUGAUACGGCACGUGCCAAUGGCACCUCCACGGCUGUGGAAAUCUAA